UUGUCAUGGUAACAGUCCAGGUUGUCGCCAUUUUGUCAGUAGCGGUUUUUUUUUACCUUUUCAAAUGUUUUCCCUUCCCGCCGGAAUAAUGCAGUCAUCUUUUAUACCAGUGACAAUUGUCUUGAAAGCAAUGCGUCGACUGGAUCGGAUUGAGAAAAUUAAGAGUCGAACGAUAUAGCACAGUUGUUCUAUCUUUAGGCGGCGCCGAACUAACAUAGUUGUCCGUGUCUCGGGUCUACCGGGCCGGUUCGCUGCGCAGGUUUGGAACGCGCGCCAUUUUGUGAAAAUUGACAUAAAAUCUUGUCCAAACUAAGGCUUUUAUCUGACGGUAGUGUCAUCAUUUCUCAUGUUUUUUGGAUAGUGUGCGUCGCCGAUUACACUUAAUGACGAGUAGGAGUAUUGUCUGGAUUUAAUUUUCUGUAAAACGAACAACCCGAAUGUGUUUUACGAACGGUAUAAUAGACAGCUGGCUAGCUUGCUAGCUAGCAAGCUAGUUAGCCACGUUUGUUAGCUAAAGUCACCGAGCAAACUAGCAGGCUAGCUGAACUGGCUGGCUAGCUUGCAUUCGGGUGAUGGUAGCUACAGUUUAGAAGUUGGACCACUAACUAAGGAUGACUGUCGCAGGGGCGAUUUCGAUAUUUGCAGAUUUAGCCUGGCAGGCCAUUUUUUAGUUGAUAUUAGUGUAAGGAGAAAGUAUUAUCUCUUAAUACCUAGCUAGCUAGCAGGUUCGAAAUUUUGGGUGUCUCAUUGGAAGUAACGAUAGAGAAGCUGGAUAAGUUCCUUCACCAUAUUGGUUCUGGCACUUUAAAUGAAGAUCGUACCAUCAAAGGAGGAGAGACCUCAGCAUGCAAAACUUCAUCUGUCCGGCUGGCACCCUCUUUUUCUUUCCAUGCUGCUGGUCUUCAGAUGGCUGCUCCCAUGCCUCAUUCCCACCAGCAGUACAGUGACCGCCUCCCGCAGAGCACAGAGCCGCCUGUCACUGUACUGCCUUACAGUGACCAGACACAGCCACACACUGCCAGCCAGAGGCACAUGCCCCAGUGUUUCCGUGACCCAACUUUGGCCCCUUUGAGGAAGCUCUCUAUUGACCUGAUCAAAACCUACAAACACAUCAAUGAAGUCUAUUAUGCAAAAAAGAAGCGCCGGCACCAACAGGGUCAGGGGGAGGACUCCAGCCACAAGAAGGAGAGGAAGGUCUUUAACGAUGGCUACGACGACGACAACUAUGACUACAUCGUCAAGAAUGGGGAGAAAUGGAUGGACCGCUAUGAAAUCGACUCCUUGAUUGGGAAAGGGUCCUUUGGUCAGGUCGUAAAAGCUUAUGACCGCCACGAACAGGAAUGGGUAGCGAUUAAGAUCAUCAAGAACAAAAAGGCCUUUCUAAAUCAAGCCCAGAUCGAGGUGCGGCUUCUGGAGCUGAUGAACAAGCACGACACAGAGAUGAAGUACUACAUAGUUCACCUUAAGCGUCAUUUCAUGUUCCGGAAUCACCUUUGCCUGGUGUUUGAGAUGCUGUCGUACAACCUGUACGACCUGCUGCGCAACACCAACUUCCGUGGCGUGUCGCUGAACCUGACGCGGAAGUUCGCUCAGCAGCUGUGCACGGCGCUGCUCUUCCUGGCCACGCCUGAGCUCAGCAUCAUCCACUGUGACCUCAAGCCCGAGAACAUCCUGCUGUGCAACCCCAAGCGCAGCGCCAUCAAGAUCGUCGACUUCGGCAGUUCCUGUCAGCUCGGGCAAAGGAUCUACCAGUACAUCCAGAGCCGCUUCUACCGCUCCCCUGAGGUGCUGCUGGGCAUGCCGUACGACCUGGCCAUCGACAUGUGGUCCCUGGGCUGCAUCCUGGUGGAGAUGCACACCGGCGAGCCUCUCUUCAGCGGAGCCAAUGAGGUGGACCAAAUGAAUAAAAUAGUGGAAGUUCUUGGUAUUCCACCCAAUCACAUUAUGGACCUAGCACCAAAAGCCCGGAAGUUCUUUGAGAAGUUAUCGGAUGGGACAUGGAGCGUAAAGAAGACCAAAGAUGGCAAACGGUAUAAGCCCCCAGCGUCGCGGAAGCUGCACACCAUCCUGGGGGUGGAGGCGGGGGGCCCAGGAGGGCGUAGGGCGGGGGAGUCGGGCCACGCCGUAGCGGACUACUUGAAGUUCAAGGACCUCAUCCUCAGAAUGCUGGACUACGACCCCAAGACCCGCAUCCAGCCCUACUACGCCCUGCAGCACAGCUUCUUCAAGAAGACCGCGGACGAGGGCACCAACACGAGCAGCAGCGUGUCCACCAGCCCCGCGCUCGAGCAGUCCCAGUCCUCAGGCACCACCUCCAGCACCUCCUCCAGUUCAGGAGGAUCGUCUGGAACGAGCACGAGUGGCAGAGCGCGCUCUGACCCCACCCACCACCACAGACACAGCGGGGGGCACUUUGGCACCACCAUGCCAGCCAUAGACUGUGACAACCUGUGCCCACAGGCGAGACCGCCGUACCACGCCCCUGUAGUGUGGCCAGGCAGCGUUGGACCAGAACCAGUCACUGUAGAAACCCACCCAGUCCAGGAGACCACCUUUCACGUGCCUCCCCAGCACCCGAAGGCGCUGCAUCCGCACCACCAUCCGCACCACCACCACCACCACCACCACCACGGACAGGUGUUGGCCACGAGGCCUCGCCCGCGCCUCUACAACUCCCCUACCAACAGCGCCUCCACGCAGGAUUCCAUGGAGGUGGUGCACGGCCACCUGUCCAUGACCUCGCUGUCUUCCUCCGCCUCCUCGUCCUCCACUUCCUCCUCUUCCACUGGGAACCACGGCAACCACGCCUACCAGCUGCGCCAGGUGCCCGCCGGCGCCUUGGACUUUGGCCAGAAUGGAAGCAUGGGCAUGGGGCUGGGCGCCUUCUCCAACCCCCGCCAAGAGACUGGCAUGGCGGGGCACCCCACGUACCCGCUGGGGGCGGGCGCGGCUGCCGGCCCUGCCCACUACAUGAGCGAGGGCCUGGCCAUGCGGCAGGGCCUGGAUCGGGAGGAGUCGCCCAUGACUGGAGUUUGUGUUCAGCAGAGCUCCAUGGCCAGUUCGUGACUAAACUCAAACUAAUGGGGUUUGUUUUUUCUCUGUGUGAUUUUUAAAAGGUGGUGUUUUUUUUUUUUUCCUCCUCUUCUUUUUAUUUUUUUUUUCCUUUUUUAAAAAAAAAAGGUGCAUAGAGAUCAAAAGCUGCUCAUAUCAGGAGGGAGAUAUCACUGAACCGCUACAACAGAAGAGUCUAUUUAAGAGAAAAAAGAAAAUACAAAAAAAGUAUAUAUGUAAUUCCAUGAUUUUCCUUUUUAAAUAGGCACAUUAGUAAUACUGCAAAAUAACCAUAGUGAAAUUGAAACCAUCUACCCGUUCAUAUGCUGCACAUAGUACUUAUUUGCCAUCUGUUCUGUGGAAAAUAGGGUCUGUAUUAACGCUGAGCAUUUGAGAGUGGAGAGCUGUUUUUUACAGGUAGCUAUAUGUAAAGAAAUGCAAAAACAUUCAAGUUUUUUCUUUCUGAACAGUGAAAACAUUUGACCUUUUUUCCGUUCCACUGGUUGUUUAAUUUAUUUACCCUUUAAGUGAAACUUCACAAACGAACUAUGUGUCACCUGUAGCGUGUGCAGGAGCAGUCCUUGCAGUGAUAUUUCGUGUUGUUGGUCUUGUGUAACUCUUUUGACAAGGGGGGGGGGCGGGGGGGCACAGAAGCAGGUGGAUGUUCCCUGGCGGCGCGGUGCGGGCCCGGGGAGGGGACUGAGUGUGUGGGCACUGAGCUCAUGGGGGAGGGAGCUUAGGGAAGGGGGGGGGUUGCGCGGGCCAGAUGGCCUCCCCCAGGCCGGCUUCGCUAAGACCCUCUGCUGGACUCUGGGGGUUUGGGUUGGGGUGGGGGGGUGCUGGACAUGCACUGAGGAGCAGCAGGAGAGAUUGCGGGAGAUGAACCUGGGGCUGUUGACGACAGAAACCCUUUGGCCUUAUGAUCUAUGGACUUUGAAUGAAACGGAGCUGGACAUUUAUCAUUUGAAUAAAGAUGGCUUUCCUCUAUUUUUAACAUUUAAACAGCCCUUAAUUGAUGAGGGAAAAGUUGAAUAGAAAAAGGUAAUGGAGAGGUAAUCAAGAGGCCUUUCUUUCACCCAGAUUUCUCACUCAAGGGGACUCUUAAUCGCAGGGUCUUGUUCAAGUGUCCCAAACAUGACUUCCUAAAAAAAAAAAAAAAAAAUCUUGUUCACAGAAGUGGGAUUUUUGCAAUGAAGUUUUUAUUUCUCUCCUUUUUUUUUUGUUGGGAGUCCCUUGCUUUUGAUUUCUUGGGUCUAGUUUUGAUUUCCUCGGUAGUGCUUCUCUCUGAGGCAUAGGGCCGGUGACUGCUGCCCGGCACGCAGUCAGCCUGUUCAUCUGUCGCCUAGGAAACGAGAGAGAGCCCACCGUCACGGGACUGCCUUUCCUCCUCACAAAUUAUGCUGUGAAUUUUACAAGGAUUUCUUUUUCCCUUUUUCAUUUAUUUUCUACCAAAGCAGUUGUUUUAUAGCACAUAGGGUGUCUGUAACCAAUAAUGUAGCAGUUCACCACUUCAACGCAAAAUUGAUUUAGAUUAUUUAUGUCAAGUACAAAAGGCUUUAUCUGUUGCUUUUUUCAAACCUGAACUGUUGCCUAACAGAAUUGGCUGUUGUGUAACCCAACAUUUUUUCUUAUCCAAGCAUUUUUGUUCUUUUUAUUUCCUUUAAAAGUUAACAAACUAUGACAGCAUCGAAACACUGAAUUACUCUGCAGGCUCCAGAGUAAUCGAAUGAAUGCAAAUAUUUCUGAGGAGAGAACCGCAUCGUUUUUUUUCUUUUUUCUUUUUGAUUUCCUCGUCUGUGAGCAGGCUAUGCUGCCUUUCAUCUUUUAAUUUUUAUUAACGUGCUAGUUGCUACCAUACCACCUAACACAACGCGUGGCUACUCAGACCUAACUAUCUGGACAGUGUACUGUAGCUACAGUCGAGUUUAACGCAAAGUCUUUCUAUUAACUGUAAUUUUUCUCCAAGUCAUUUGGUUUAAUCUGGCCAUACUGCCCUUAUUGAUGGUGGACUACUUAAAGGGAAAGAAUAGUUGGCACACCCAUGGCCACACAGGGAUGAUUGGGCACACUUCUCGUGCGUGUGUGUGAGUAUGUAUGUUUGUGUGCGUGUGUGUGUUCCAGCUGUAUGUUCGGAGUCACCGCGGCGGCGUCAUGCAGGACAUCUGCGUCUUCAUUUGAUAUCAGGGAUUGUGAAGUGCUUUCUUUUCCAGUCUCACUACUCAAAGCAGACAGCUGCACCCACCCACCCACCCAGGCCCUGCCUCCACGGGGACCACUGGAGGGCGCUGUUCCCACCCACUGCACGCCUUCACUCAGCCAUCCUCUCGCCUAGCUAUCUCUCCUUCAAAGGCUCGAUUAUGUUUAAGAAACCAACAAUUCCCAUUCAAAGGCUAAGGGUAACAAGACUAUGGGUUAUCUGAAUGUUAGGUUGAUUGCAAUUGUUUUAUAUAUCUAUAUAUCUUUAACCAUUUGAAAGGAAAAUUCUAGUAGUUUUGCUGGUGUUCACAUAAAACAUUCCAAAAUAAAAAAAUUAAAAAAUACAGAGAGACUUUUAAGUGUGCACCUGUUUCAGCUGUUCCUGAAUCUGAUUUAGUGCAGUUUUCAUGAAAUGCAGCCCCUUUUUAAUAGUGGAAAUAGAAUUUAUGUAUAUAUUUAUAUUUUUUUAAUAAAGGAAGUAUAGAACUCACUACAUUUGCUCCUGCUGGUAUGUUAAUUACAUUUGAGGAUUUGGUUACCAUUCAGUAGAGGAAAUUCUGUGAUUUUAGUCAAUGGCUUAACUUUGCAUCUGGGCAGAGGUACUUGACUUCACCAGGACAACACUAAAAGGUAGGGUUUGUACUGACGAGGAAAGGCCAGAUCUACCUUACCAUUAUGCUCACAGGGUAUAUAGUUAAUGCAUGUAUAUCCACAAACCUUACUUUUUGGUUGUACGAGAAAUUUAUUGUUGAAGAGGUCUGUUUUCCAUAAAGGCUGUUAUUUGAAUGCACAUAAAUAAGGUAAAAUGUUGGUCAUCAAAUCAUCUCUACAAAUACUGAAGUUCUCUGAAUUCCAUCUUUUUUCCCUUUCUUUUCGUCUUUUUGAUUCACUUGACUUUGUUUUUUUCCUGGCUUUUUUGACAUGCAACAUGCACUAUAUAAUUGAACAGCAUGAGGAAAAGGAAACGUACAUGUGUCCACAGAUUGUAAGAUCUAGUCAAGACUUUGCUGUGUAUAUGAUAAUGCCCUUUGUAUUAUAUUCAAACAGUCUUAUGUAUGAUAUAUAAAAAGAACUUAAUUCA